AUGUCAUUGCCUUCAGAAUAUAUCGAGGAAUUGAACACCCUAAAUAAGAAAAUCUCUCAGGAUCAACCAAAGGAUGUCCUUGAAUAUUGUGCUGCCUACUUCUCUAACCGUCUUGCUCAAAAGCGUGGUCAUUCAUUAAUGGCAGGCAAUUCAUCAUCUAAACAAGAUGCGGAAGCUUUCUCAUUUCAAAAAGUCUCCUUCGCCUCAAACGACUCACAAGACCCUCAUGCCAGUUAUGUUACCGAUGACGACCCAGUUUCUACAGUUUCACAUCCAUUUAACCAUGAUCAUCAAACAAUAUUCAAGAACAGCUUUGGGUUAUCAUCCUGCACCACCGAUACUGCCGCUGAUGCUCAUCACAACUUGCCUCCACCAAAUUUCAUGCCUCUUAGAAGAUCAUCCGUUUCUGCAGAAGCUCUUAACCCAAAAUCCUUUGAAAAUGAUGAUUGGAAGCCUCCAUACCAUGAGUUGACUGCGGAACAAUUAUCUCGUCUUAACAAGUCAAUUGUUAAAAACUUCUUGUUCAGCAACUUGGAAGAUGAUGCCAUGAACACUGUCUUGCAUGCUCUUCAAGAACAAUCAUUCGCAAGGGGCUCUACUGUCAUUCAACAGGGUGACGAAGGGGAAUUCUUUUAUCUUAUUGAAAAGGGUGAAGUUGAUUUCUUUGUUGACGGUAACCAUGUUGCUAGUGGUGGUCCUGGCUCUUCAUUUGGGGAAUUGGCACUUAUGUAUCAUGCUCCUCGUGCGGCCACUGUGAAGGCAAAGACAGCCUUAAUUGUUUGGGCGCUUGAUAGAUUGACAUUCCGUCGUAUUCUUCUUGAAGUCACCGCAAGAAAAAGAUUGAUGUACGAAGAGUUUCUUAAAGAUGUCACUAUCUUGGCUGGUCUUUCAUCUUACCAACGCUCUAAAUUGGCUGAUGCCUUGCACACUGAAGUUUAUAAGACAGGUGAUGUGAUCAUCAAACAAGGGGAUGUUGGAGAGAAUUUCUAUCUUAUUGAACAGGGUGAGGCUGAAAUCUUGAAGGAUUCCAAGGGUGUUAUCGGCAGUAUUUCCAAGGGCGAUUAUUUUGGAGAAAUAGCUUUAUUGAAUGAUUUGCCUCGUCAAGCUACGAUAAAGGCCAAAACCCAGGUCAAAGUGGCUACUUUGGGAAAAAGUGGGUUCCAAAGAUUGCUUGGACCUGUGGUAGAAGUUUUGAAGGCUCAGGAUCCAAGAAAACAAGAACAGUAA